AAUGGCUGAGUGUUUGAGUCUUCAAACACUCGAGUCAUGGGUUCUGGGUUCGAAGGUCCGGUGAGCAGAGCAGAAGCAGCUAUAUCUAUAUAUAUAUAUAUAUACUCAAACAAAAGAGGUAUUCUAAAAUACCUUCAUUUUGGUUUUUGUAUUUUUUUUAAUCCCAAAGUAAGGAACAGAUGGAACUAGCUCUGAUUCACAAAACAAUUUCCAAAUUUUCCUAUCCAAAUCCAAGAAUCCCAACAAAAUCCAAGACAAUUCCACUUUCUCAGCUUCCAAACCCCAUUGCAUCAAAACCCCAUUUGAAUUCCUUCCAAAAUCAUGUCACCCCACACGAGAAAACUCGAAUUGAUGACUCUAUUCCAUCAAUGUCUGAGAUUUUGGCUGCAUCUAGAGCUCAGAAACUUGAUCUUCAGCUCCAGAGAAUAGGACCCUUUUUUAGAAUCACUGCCAAGAGCCUGGAGACCAAGAGGGAGCUUGGGAGAGCAGAGGGGCUGAUAAGGGUAUGGUUUGGAGGCAGAAUUCUGCACUUGGACUCAAUUAGACUGAAGAGGGAGACACUAGGGAUGGAGAGAUCCAUCUUUGGCAUUGGUUUGUUCAUUGGAGCUGUAGCAAUUCGAUAUGGAUACGACUGUGGUUGCAAGACCGCUGAAUUGCUUGCCAUCAAUGACUCAGAUCUUUACCAUACCAAGCUUGUUAGGUUCUAUAGAAGGAUAGGUUUCAGGGUUGUGCAUGAAGUGACUGGUUCUACAAUUGAGGAUAUGGCUCACAUGUUGGUGUGGGGAGGAAUCGGGACCCGAAUGGAUGCCAGUUUGGAAGAGCUUCUAAUAAAAUGGUGCAGCAGAUUCAAACCUCAGAGCUAAAUCUGAAAAAAAAAAAAAAUCUAAAAAUCAUAUCAAUAUGUAAAGAUAAGGUAGGAAUUCUGAAUUUAGACAAGUUACAUAUUGAUACAAAGGAAAUUCAGUGUCUUCAGUCCUUAGUUGCACAUAAACAAGGAGGGACCUUUAAGGGUAUCCAGAACCCUUUCUCUCCUGCACCAUUACUGCCACUAAGAGCUAAUCCUAGUCUUGGGGGAGCUUGAGAACAACAGCUAAUCCGAUUCUUGGGGGAGCUAUAGUGUCAAACUCACCACAGAUUCUUAGGUAUGACUUGGGUUUGAAUUUAUACUGGAGGAGAGUCCCGAGCUUUCCUUCAUUGUCAAGCUUUGCCUUCACUUUUACAUCAUCCACAAUGCGUGAUACUCCAACUGUGAAGGUAUUUUUGCUCUCAGAAAACUUCCUGCCGAUCUCUACAACAGCAGCAGUCUUCCUUGACUGAUCAAAGUAUUGCAUGUAUGACGCUCUUGGGUGGUCACAGAAAUCUGCCCUGAAAAUUUUACAAAAAGAAAGUCUUUGAGUUAAGAUCAUUUGACAUUCUUGGAAAUCUCCCUUGACUGAUCAAAGUAACACACAUAACAUUUAACUGUUCUGCAAGGCAACAAACUUGAAGAAUGAUAUUUGAGUUUGAUUAUUAGAUUUUUAAUGCAAAUCAGGUAUUCUUUAUAGAUUACGAACUUGUUAAACAUCAAAAUAGUUAAUAGACACCAUCGGUUCAAGAUCCAAUACCAUGAUCUGGAGCAUCUAUGCUGAAUAUAUACCUGAAGAGCAAUUUAUAUUUUGAUUUAUUCUUGUUUGUGAAUUAAGCAUGAUGACAUAGAGAAAUAUCUAAGCAUUGCAAUCG